CAAAAUUUUGGAGAUACUGACGAAAGACCGUACUUGAGCUCAAGACAUUGACCCAUACAAAUCUCACUUUAUCCAACAAACAAAAUUAAAACACAAUCCUCACCAACACCAUGGCCACCUCACAACCUCCCACCCGCCUCACAGUCCUCAUCUCCGGCUCCGGCACAAACCUCCAAGCCCUCAUCGACGCCUCGACCUCCACCCCACCAACCCUCCCCAACACGCAAAUCAUCCGCGUCCUCUCCGACCGCAAAUCCGCCUACGGCCUCACACGAGCCCAAAAUGCCAACAUCCCCUCCACAUAUUUCCCCUGGCUACCCUACAAAAAAGCAUACCCCGACAACAAUAACUCCUCCGACCCAACAUCCAGCGAAGCUCGGCAAAAAUACGACGCAGCACUCGCUGAAGAAGUUUUAAAAGAUUCCCCUCAAAUGAUAGUAUGCGCGGGGUUUAUGCGCAUCCUAACACCCUCAUUUCUCGAUCCCAUCGUGGAGAAGGGAAUCCCAAUCAUUAAUCUCCAUCCUUCUUUGCCGGGGGAUUUAGUUGGGGCGGGGUGUAUUGAACGGGCUUGGGAGGAAUUUGAAAAGAAAAAGAGGACGAAAACGGGAGUGAUGGUGCAUUAUGUUAUAAGGGAGGUGGAUUUGGGGGAGCCGAUUGUUUGGGAAGAGGUUGAUAUGAGGGGGUGUGAGAAGGUGGAGGAUCUUGUGGGGAGGGUGAGGGAGAAGGAGCAUGGGAUUAUUGUUGAGGGGGCGAGGAGGGUUGUGGAGGGGUUGAGGAAGAGUGGGGAGGGGAAGGAGUGAGGGGUUGGGUUAAGAGAAAG